AUGGAGAAGUCCAGGAAGAUCUUUGUCAGCGUCCUCCUGUUUGUCAUGUCUGUGGAAAUCUGCUGGGCUCAACACUGGUCUUAUGGCCUCCAACCAGGAGGAAAAAGGAACGCCGAAAACCUGGUAGAAUCAUUUCAAGAGAUUGCAAAUGAAAUGGAAAAAUUAGGGGAAGUGCAGAAGACCGAAUGCCCAGGCUCCUAUCAGCGUUCCAGGUUCAGUGACCUGAAGGAAGCCAUGGAAAGUCCAAUCGAAGGAGAAGCUAGACGAAAGAAAAUUUAA